AUGGAUAACCCAGGCUGGCACGCUUCGCGCCGCGCUGCGCAGGAACAGAGGGACAGUUACCGCUUCCGAGGGCCAGAUGGACGCUUCACGCCCGUCGAACAGGUGUUCCCGAUGCAGGACGGCUUUGUUGGCGGAUUCAACCCAUACGCGCACAACAUGAACUCGAGCAACCCGCCUACGCCUGGAUUCGCGCCUCCUCAUCAGCCUGGUAUGCCCGGCGACAUGAAGCUGCGGAUGCCGAGCGCGCCGAUGGACCAUCAUUCGAGGAACGGGUCGAGGAGUACGAUGGACAGUAGUCGGCAUAUGAGUGCGGUCGAGAGGAGCAAUCAGCUGAGGAUGGCGAGGAUGCAGCCGCAUUUGCAGAUGAUGUGUGGGCCGUUGUUGAGGUAUGACACCGUGACAGAGGACGGCGUAUGGCGUGGCGCGGCGCUCGUCGUUACCGCGGAUGUUGGCUCGGUAUACGACCCAGCGCCUACGCUCACGUAUACUUGGGAUCCCGAUGAGGGCCGAGGACGGACGAGGCCACAGCGAUCAACAUCCAUCAGCCACCGGCACGGACGCUCGUUCGACCUCGGACCACAUCCCGCUGAUCCAACGGCUAUGUCUUAUGCACCGCCUUUGACAGAGGCUACGAGUAUGGAUGGGCCGAGAUCACAGGCACGACAAGCUGUCGGGCAGGAGAUCUGGGUGUACGAGGGGAAUGGCGGAACGUCUACAUUCUGGAGGUUCAUCAUUGAAAUUCCGUUGUCUGAGAACGAGGUGCAAGUACGCUAUAAUGUCAAUAAUGGGCAAGAUAUCACGUUCCAUAUUCCCGGACGGUUCGACACGAUGCGUCAAGCGGCAUACUCGUGCAACGGCUUCAGCGCUGGUGUGAACCCUGACGACUUCCGCGGACCAGGUUUCUCGAGCGGUUACGAUCCAGUAUGGGUCGACCUACUCAUGAAGCACGAGGAGAAGCCCUUUCAUCUGCUCAUGGGUGGCGGUGAUCAACUAUACUGCGACGGCUUGACUCGAGAACCUGAGAUGCAAGACUGGGUUACACAUCCGGACACGGAGGAGAAAAAACGAAUGCCGUUGACAGAGGAUAUGAGGAUCGCCAUAGAUCGGUUCUACUUCAACCAUUACUGCAAUGUGUUCAGGAGUGGCGCCUUUGCUAGAGCAAACUGCUCAAUACCUAUGGCGAACAUGGCAGACGACCAUGACUUGAUCGAUGGCUUUGGAAGCUAUCCGGACGACCUCAUGCGAUCACCUGUGUUUAGCCACAUAGGCUCAAGAGGAUACUUCUACUUCUUACUAUUCCAAUGCUUCAUCAGCCCGGAGAUCGACGGCUACGACGACUCGGGCCCACAAACGCACUGGAUGCGCUCCCUAAUAAUCGGCGGUCCGGGCGCCUACAUCCCCUACCCCUCGCACUCCUUCCUCUCCUACCUCGGCCCAACAACCCAGCUCCUCAUGCUCGACUGCCGCGCCGAGCGCAAAUUGACCCAAGUCUGCUCCUCGCACGAGUACGAGAAGGUCUUUGGGCGCCUCAACGCGAUGCACAUGGGCGUGGAGCAUCUGGUUAUUCAGCUGGGCAUUCCGAUCGCGUACCCGCGCAUGGUGUUUUUGGAGAAUUUCUUGAGCAACAAGUUUAAUCCGCUUGUUAGUCUGGGACGGAGCGGGAGUAUGUUGAAGGGUAUGGUUAAUAAGUUUAAUGCGGACGCUGAGCUGCUCGAUGACUUGAACGACCACUGGACGUCCAAACACCACAAAGCCGAGCGCAACUGGCUCAUCGAGCAGCUGCAAACUAUCGCGCUGAACCGGCGCGUGCGCAUCUCGUUCGUAUCCGGAGACGUGCAUUGUGGCGCGGUGGGGAUGUUCAAGACGUUGGUGAAGAAUAAGAAGCAGCCGGAUAUCAAUCCUGCGAUUGAUCAUCGGUACAUGGUCAAUAUCGUUACGAGCGCUAUUGUCAAUACACCACCGCCCGGUGCAGUCCUCUCACUCGUCAACAACCUAUCGACCAAGACGCACGCGACGAUGCAUAGCGUCGGCACAGACGAGACCAUGAUCCCCAUCUUCUCAACCGAUACGGACGGCUCGAAGCAGAAGUCGCCCUACAUUAUCGGGAGGAGGAACUGGUGUGCGAUCUUCUUGGACCAUACGAACGGCGAUAUGGUCUUCGAUCUGAGGGUGGAGAAGGUCAAGGGGCACGGGGAGACUGUCGGGUAUAUUACGAGGGUGCCGGCGCCGAGGUGGCAAGCGCCACCUAGACGAUGA